GAAACUCAUUUUCUGUCAGACCGACAGGUUCGAUACAAGAAUGAACUGUUCAACCUCUGCCGUGCUCUGCACACUCAUUACAUGCACGCGCCAGGUCUCCGGCUUUACGUAUACUGCGUACUCCCGUCACGACAUCUUUGUGCUAGUCCGGCAAGGUUGUAGGCUAGGUACUUGUACUUAGUUUCCCCAAAAUAUCAUCUCGGUUCCCAACCACUGCAGCCCAUAGGUUUGUAUUAGCCUGGUCACACCUCUUGUCGCUUCACCCUUACAUUCAGCUGCGGUUUGCGCCUAUUGAAACAUCCUCCUAUUACCUACCCACGCUACUCUUUCCGGCUGGCAAACGCGACCAGGCGGACUGCUAAACGGACUGGACGCAAUCUGACCCAAACUUGCGCUUCCGAUCUCUCAUCUUGCCGUCCCUUUUUUGCUCGAGGUUUUCUCUCCCAUCCGACCACCCCUCGGAUCUUCCUUAGGUCCUCAUGCCCGACGAUUCAGAAGACCUCCUCAUCCCUCCAGCACAUGCUCGCUCGAUUUCACCAUCACAUACCGGCUAUACACCACCAACUUCGACGACGCUGAUGAUGGACGAUCUCAGGCACAUCCGGGCUGGUGGGCCAAAGAGGAAGAGAGGAGGAUGGGUGGUGGUAGUCUCGUAUGUCUUUGACUGGGUCAUUAUCGCUGUUGCCGGAGUCAUUGGCUAUAUUUUUGGGGCUAAAACCCCAAACAAGAGACCUUUCUCGCUUUACGAUCCCAAUAUCUCAUUCCCCUUCACAGUAAAGGAAACUGUGCCGGUCUGGCUGGCAGCAUGCAUCAGCGUGAUCGCCCCCAUCUUCUUUAUUGCCGUCAUCUCGCUGGUAUUCGUCCCUGGCACUACCGUACCUCGGGGCACGCCGAAGGCCUUGAUCUGGAAGCGAAAGCUAUGGGAACUGCAUAUUGGCUGGCUGGGGUUGGCUCUGUCGAUAGCGUCAGCCUGGCUGAUCACGAAUGGCAUGAAGAACCUUUACGGAAAGCCGCGACCGGAUCUUCUCUCGAGAUGCCAGCCCGAUCUCGCCAAUGUCGCCAAGUAUAUCGUUGGAGGUUAUGCUAAUUCCAGCAUGAAUGGGCACCUGGUCAGCGCAAAUAUCUGCAUGAAUCCAGACAAGGCCAAGCUGGAUGAUGGGUUCAGGAGUUACCCCAGCGGUCACUCCAGCUCCGCAGCAGCUGGUCUCAUCUACCUCUCACUUUUCAUCGCCAGCAAGUUCGCCAUCACAAUUCCCUUCCUCGCCUCCGGCACGAAUGUCGAUGCCGCCUCUUUCUCCGCCUUUCCCUCGCGGACUCGCCAUAACACCGCCACGUCCGCCAUGGGUGGGCCCGAAUCGUACGAGAUGGCCCCGCGGGGCCCCGCAAGCUCGGGGGGCGGACGGACCUACACGGGCGGCAGCAUUGGCGCGGCCGAGGAGAAGCGUCUUGCGCGACACACGCGCGCCGUGGCCGCCGUACGCCUCCAGGCUGCCGCGCCGCCGCUCUACCUGCUGCUGAUCUGCAUCAUCCCGUGGUUCGCGUCCAUCUUUAUCGCCAGUUCGCGCUGGUUCGACUUCCGCCACCACGGCUUCGACAUCCUGUUCGGCUACCUCAUCGGCUUGAUCUGUGCCUUCUUCUCGUUCCGCUACUACCAUCUGCCUAUUUCGCAAGGUGCUGGGUGGGCUUGGGGUCCGCGCAGUCGCGACAAGGCGUUCUGGGCAGGUGUCGGCAGUUACAGCUACUCGACUGAUCACAACGUCGGCGAGUACUAUCGCGCGGGAGACGAGGAGGAGGCGCUGAGUCCGGAUUCUUUAGAUCACGGCAGCAGCUAUGGGCGCCCCGUGGUACGGGCCAAUGGCACCGGUUUGGAAAGUAAUGUGGGACCGGACCAGCCUGGUGGGAUCAUCACGGGGAGGAAACCACCGUCGCUUGACGUUGAUCAAUGAGAACAGGUUGAUACGGCUUACAGAGAGGGGUAAAUGACGAUCAGAUAUGAGGGGUAGAUUUCGAUGUAUUCUCGGAUCAGAAGAGUCAAGGUGCAUUUUCCGGAAGUAGGGACUUGGCCCGGGUGGGUGGGCUUGAUGACAAAAGCGAUUAUUCCUCUAAACGAGGAAUCAUGAGGAACAGCAAAUGGUUUAUGUCACCAACAUGGGUUUUGGUACAGUCUCUCUUAUGUUCAGGAGGCGUUUGAGAUAGGGAAAUGAGGAACCUAUCCAUAUAUACAAAUAUCUGCCUGAUUACUCUUCAAGGGAAGUUUGAGC